GCCUUCUUGCUUGUGCGGGCCGCGGGGGCUGCCGGGAGGACGCCGCGGAGACCCCGGGAGGCGGGAGAUGGACUCAGUGACCUUUGAGGAUGUGUCUGUGGACUUCACCCCAGAGGAGUGGGCUUUGCUGAAUCAUGCUCAGCGGAACCUCUACAGAGAUGUGAUGCUGGAAACCUUCUGGCACUUGGCUUCAGUAGGAGAACACUGGGAAUCACAUUGCAGCAAAGCACAUCACAAGAACCAGGAGGGGCAUUUGAGCCAUUUGGUGGAGAGCUUGUAUGAAAAUAAUGAUGGUAUUGAAUGUGGAGAAUCCUUCAGCCAGAUUCAAGAUCUCAUUGUGAAUAAGAGAAAUCCUACUAGAGUAAAAUCCUAUGAAUGCAAUCAACGUGGAGAAGCCUUCGUGGAUCGUUUAUCCCUUAACACUCACAUAGGAUGUCAGCCUGCACACAAUCAGUGUAAAGAAUGUGGGAAAGCCUUUAUCCAUUCUUCAUCCUUUGAGGUACAUGUAAGAGGUCACACUGGAGAGAAACCUUUUAAAUGUAAAGAAUGUGGAAAAGCCUUUAUUAAUUCCUACCAGCUUAGAAUUCAUACAAGGAUACACACUGGAGAGAAGACUCAUGAAGGUGAUAAAUGUAGGAAAGCUUUCAGUUCUCAUGCAAACCUUAAUACACAUAUGACAACUCACAAUGGAGAGAAACUCUUUGAAUGUAAAGAAUGUGGGAAACCGUACUCUCUUCUUUCAUCGCUGCGAAGACAUAUGAAGAUUCACAAUGCAGAGAAAUCCUACGAAUGUAAGGAAUGUGGGAAAACCUUCCUUUAUUCUUCAUCUCUUAUUAAGCAUGCAAGAACACACACUGGAGAGAAACCCUAUAAAUGUAUGGAAUGUGGGAAAUCCUAUAGAUGUUCCUCGCACACUAAGGCGCACAUGAGAACUCAUACUGGAGAGAAGCCUUAUGAAUGUAAGAAUUGUGGGAAGGCCUUCAAUUGGUCCUCAGUUCUUAAACUGCAUAUGAGAACUCAUACCGGAGAGAAACCCUAUGAAUGUAAAGAAUGUGGGAGAGCCUUCAGUUGUUCCUCUGCCUCUCGAAGACAUGUACGAACUCACACUGGAGAGAAACCAUAUAAAUGUAAGGAAUGUGGGAAAGCCUUCAGGUGUUCCUCAUAUUUUCGAGGGCAUGUGGGAACUCACACUGGUGAAAAACAUUAUGAAUGUAAGCAAUGUGAGAAAGUCUUCAGUUGUGCUUCUUCUGUUAGGACACAUAUGAGAACUCACACUGGAGAAAAACCCUAUGAAUGUAAGCAAUGUGGGAAAGCCUUUACACGGAAUACAUCACUUACUGAACACAAGAAAAUUCAUGCCAGGAGAGAAAUCUUAUGAAAGGUGUAAAAUAUUGCCUUGAUUAGUGUGUCUUUCUUCAAGGGAAUUCCUAGCUCCUUAACUCUCAGUUCUUUCUAUUAUUACUAUUUAAAAUGACAGUUAUUUCUCUACUUUAGCUAGCCCACAAAAGUUUUGAUGUUUAGUGUUUCAAUUAUUAUUCAUUUGUGUAAUGCAUUUCUCAUUUACAUUAGAAGAGUUUUUAGACUCCUGCUGAUAUGAAGCAUAUUUUCUUAGUAUGCAACUGGAGUAAAAUUAGAUAAUUUUAAACUGAUUUCUAUUUUCCAUUAAUUCAGCAUGUGGUGGUCAUGAUGAUAAUGCACUUUGAAGGCAGUAUGAUUUUCUUUCUGGCAGAUAACUGACCAAUAGUGUUGACCUAAUGUCUACCUUUCAAUUCUUUCUUACUGAGAGAACCUCGAUCUUUUGAGAUUUUCAGUCAUUAUUGAAAGAUAGGGAUUCAAACCUAUGUUUGUAGAAAUUGGAGACCAUAUUCCAUGUUGUUGUUGUUUUUUUUUUUUUUUUUUGGCAGAAAUUAGUAAUUGUGAAAAAAUCUUGAAAGUUGGCACUUGCAUCUUGUUAUUUUUAUAUUUUGCACUUCAUCUUUUACUUGAUCCUAGCUGGAAAUUUGAUAUGUAACUUUUGAGUUAUGGAGUCCCUGUAGCAUAAAGAUAAAAUGUCGAGGUAAAGAUGGUUCAUCUGGAUUGUGUUAAGUCAACUUGAGUCAAGGUAGGUCUUGUGUUUUGCAGAAUCCUUUCCCUUGGAUGGUUCCAUUUUAGAACUGAUCUAAAGCAAAGUAGUGCUCUCAAUUUGCAGGCAGUCAAGGAGACAGAUGCAGAAGGCCUUGGUGGCUCCAGCUUUCAAUUUAUUUUCCCAACUGCUGAUACCACCAGUUAACAUUUGCCCCAAAGCAAACAUCCAGCUUCAUCAGAGGUGAUGGUACCCACUGACAUCUUUGUCACCCCUUCCCUCAUGGUCAGACCCUCUCAGCUCUUUAGAUUUUCCUCCAAGCUUAUUGCUGUCCAGUCAGGCCACUGCUUCGGCUAGUAGCCCUUUCUCAUCCUCCAACUUCCUUUAUUUCUUGCUCUUUCAAUAUGUGUGUAAUUUCUGUAGUGAGUAGUAUGUUCCUCUAAUAGUAGCUGUUUUCUGACACCACCUAGGGAAAUGCAGUAUCUCAGCCAGAAACACAGGAAAAUUUGUUCCCUGAAUUCAUUGUUGAGGGGCUGCACUGAACCUGUAAUUCUUCAUGAGAUAACUAAGCACUUUGCAUCUAUUUGUAGAUGAUUGGGGAGUUUUUGUUUGUUUGUUUUUGUUUUUUUGUUGUAGCUGCAUGCAGUCUGUAAUGAUAAACCCUAGUGUGUGUUCUUUUAUUAUAAUUCCUUGUGGUUCAAAACAA